AAAACGUCAGAUAAAUGCGUUUUAACAUGACAUAGUUAUUUCGGACUAGCAUCUUAUUAACAGAAAAGCUUGAUCCUGUGCCCGUCUUUUCCUUCACGUCCCGUCAACGCGAGGGUCCAGUGAUGCAAGUCCCUCUAAGAGCCACAUUUGAAAGCCAAUUGACACUGGACACAGAUGAUAAAGGACACUGGGCAUGAGAUGGCAACACAGUGCUUCAUUGAGCAAGUGCAAGCAUGCAUUCCUGUGCCCGUGGUAUGGAAAGACGGCAAGAAUAUUGCAUCGCGGCUGCUCACACCUGAUGAAAACAAGAAGGUUUUUGAGGCGCUUGGUAGCAGAAGGAAGCUUGCCCCUAGGCCCUCGCAACAACAGUUGCACAAAUGUGGUAUGCCUACCCUAAAGAUUCGCGCACGUGGACUUGUAAACUGGCUGGUGUGCUGUGUUUUGUCAAAGAUUUCACAGUCAAGUCUCAUUUUCUCAGGAUGCUCAUUAUAAAAAAUGCGAGACAGGAAGCUGUAGUUGUUUGGGAGCAAGAAGUUUACAAGCAAUUUCAAUAUAGCCCGAUAUCAGAGUGGUUUCAUACCUUUGAGGGAGAUCAUUGCAACAUUGGCUUGAAUUUCUGUGACACAGAAGAAGCUUCGUACUUUUGCAAAGCUGUUAGACAGCGAAUAGCAUUUUUUCGCGGAAGACGAGCGGCCAUCAAAGCAAGGAAAGAGAAGCAGAAGCAGGCAUUAAUUGGUGCUCCUGGCGCUUCUGAAGUCAUAUCGAAUGUGAAAGCAACGCACAAUGUCAAACGCAUUAGGCCAAACUUAGAGGAAAGGAACCAUGGCAAAAUUGCCGAGACGGAUCUUGGAAGUAUAAAUCCGAGUCAAGCUGUAGGCAAGGUAAAGGAAGAGGAUAGAAGUAACAUUGUUCUUAUCCGGUUUGAAAGUGACGAAGAUAGCAAACAAGAAAGCAAAGAUACUCACCGAGCCGGGCAGUUCAAUCAAGGCCCAGCUUCAAAGUAUAGUACUCUUGCAAAAGAUAACAAUAAUGUUGGCACAAAACCACCCGAUCAAGGACACUACGAGAAUAGUCAGCUGAUUGAUACCAAGUCAUAUGUGACGUCAUCAACGCCUCGUAGACUUCAGUUUCAGCGUGAUGAAAAUAAAACAGCAUUGAAAAUAGCAGAGAGACAGAGGGAGUAUCAUUCAUCGAUGAUUCGAUUGCUGGUUUCGUCAAGAGACCCCAAAGUACAACAGGCUGAGUUUUUAAAGUUGACCAACGGUGGAAACAAUAGUAAACAUUCAACAAAAAAUAUUGAUUUUAGUGCGAGCAAACACAACACUGCAGAAGAAGAUUCUGGGUUAAGUCAUAAAGACCAUUGCCCAAGACUGGCACCAGCAACUAGUAUUAUCAAUGGCCCUUCCAAUAUCUGCGUAACGAAAUCAAAAACCACAACAGAUACUUCUAAUAAUAUAUUCCUUGGAUUAAGGCCUAACAAUGACAGUGAAGUAUCAGGUCCUUCAAGAACCAGCGUCAAAAGCUUUGCAACCGAAAGCCAGCUUAGAAAAACUGCAAGUACUCUAAGCACAGUCCCAGUCAAAUCAUCAAACGUUUUCUCUAAAUCAAGAAAGAAUAUUUUUUCUGAUGAUUCAAGCUUCUCAUUCCCGUCUUUGCCAUCUCUUGAUAAACUGCAGUUCACAGCUUCUGUCCAACUAACAGCUCGAUCUGACGAUGCUGACUCUAGAGAUCAUUUAUCAACUACAUACUCUGUAGGCAUUGGAGCGAAUCUAGAAACAGACAAUGAUGCAGCUGGUGAAGAACGGUCUGCACUUAGCCAGGGAAAAGGUCCUUCCAAUGUUAUUAAUGCAAGCGGGAAACGCAAUUCAGAAGGCAAUAAUAAUGUGACUGACCCACGUGCAGAAUUGCUAAAGAGCAUUAUUGCAGGAAAAAAACUGAGAAAAGUUAACACAGACACAGUAAGUGUCAGAAGACAAACAGUAUUUGAAAAGCACUUUGAAGAAAUGGCAGAUACCUUAACAAAAGUGCUUACAGAGAGAGGCAGAGUUUUUCAGGAUUCUUCAGAUGAAGAAGAUGUCUAUGAUGAUGAAGAAUGGGAAGAUGACGAGACAGACAACUGAAUCAAUAUGAUUGUAAAAAGUGCUGAAAAAGCUCCUGUUACAAUUUAUGGCUACCUGUAUGGUAUGUAGAUAGAUGGAAGAUGAGCUGAAGCAGAAUCCAUUCCUUAGAAGGAGUAAAAUUUUUGGAAGAAUAAUGAUAAGGCUUCAGAUUAUGACACAAACUUAGUAUCUUCUGGAAAUAAUUCUUAUUUCAUAUAAUCAGUUAUAACAAUGUUUAGGAAGCAAACCAGAGUCUAUAAAAAUUCAACCAUCAAAUGAAAGUGUUAAUUUUCAAAAUUAAUUUUUUCCUGAAAUUCUGAAUAUUUGCUUCAAAUUAAAUUCAUUAUUACAAAAUGAAUGCAAUGAAAAAACAAACGAGGGACUAGUGACAUGCAAUAACAUGUUGCAAAACCAGAAAUCUUCCUCAAUCUUUUAUUCAGUCCUUCUUGUCAAUUUUCUUCAUAAAAACCAUCCAAGGACCCUUGUAAAACCACAUCCAAGAGCUGUUUCUCUUCCUCAAUUUCUGCAAAACAGCAAGAGCUUUCUUACAGUUGGAAAAGAAUGACUUCAAAGCUCUCUAAAUUAAAUUUUGGAACUAGGUGUUGUAAUUAUAUUUCCUGGAGGAGUGAGUAUAUGGCUGCUGAUUAGUCUGCAGUUUGUGGUCAAUGGUUUGAAAAUAUGCACAACGAAUGGAAUUACAUGUCACAUGCUUUGUCAAUAUGUUUAACAGAAAAUGAAUUAUACCUUGAGGUGACAGUUCCAAAAACAGAUUUUUAUCAAAGAAAAUCACAGGCUGAUGGUUGCUCACAGGUCUAAAAGAAGAAAGAUUAUUGGUGUAAGUCUUACUCGAAGUUGUUACUGACAUUGUUCUCAAGCAACGAAGAUGCUCAAAUUAAACUUCUGUACUCAUUACUGUAUCUACAAGAUAUGUGAAAAUCACUUGUUCAUUCAGAAAAGCUGUAUCACCUUUAGAAGUGUAAUGAUAUUUCCAAGCCUAUGGAUCACCAUUUUUUAUAUGGAUCAAUUUGAGUUAAUAAAAAUCUAACAAACAUUGUAAUUUAC